UUCAACUUUUAACGGUAUAGCUAGCAAGCAAGCAGAAGAAAGAAAGUGUGCGAGACUUUGACCUUUUUUUCGGAUUCUACAGAUUUAAAAGAAUAUUCACAACAAAAUGGGAAUCGUUACGUUAUUUCAUUUAGUUGCUGUCGUUCAUUUUUACUUUGGAUUCUAUUACGAUCAAAAAUACAUAACCGAGCCUGAUCAAAAGUUCAGGAAAUUCGAAUUCGGUGGAAGAUUUAUUUAUCUUACGAUAUGGAACUUGGUCUUUCAAUGUAUUUACUUCACCGUUGCUCUGCUCAACGACUUAAUUGGAAGUAAUGAACCGGUGCCAAAAAAUAAGCCGUUGAUUAGAAAAAUUCGUGAUUAUCUUUUCGCAACAUUUGCGUUUCCAUUCGCAUUUAACGUUGGACUUAUGUUCCAUGUUUUAAUGAUUAUCGAUCGCAACCUUGUCAUGCCGAAAGAAGUGGAUGAAUUUUUCCCAUUCUGGUUGAACCACCUCGUCCACACGAAUGUCAUGAUUUUCAUGGCAAUCGAAUUGUUCAUCACACCAAGAAAAUAUCCAUGCAUUAAGUCAGCAAUGGCUGGAAUGGUUAUUAUACAAGCAAUUUAUUUAGGAUGGAUAUUCUGCAUUAAAGCUAAUACAGACCGAUGGGUGUACAAUGUUCUUUCCGUACUCAGCUGGCCAGAAAGGAUUGGAUUCUUUGCAUUCUCGCUGUCUAUACCAAUAACCUUGUACUUCUUAGGACAAUUUAUCAAUAAUUUGGUUUGGGGAUCAAAGACUAAGGAGGAGACAACAUCGAAGAAGAAGAAAGCUAAGGCAGGGAAAAGUGCUUAAGAAAAAAUCUUAAAAAUUGGUGUAUGAGCUUGAAAAACUUCACAACUUAAAAGCAAUAAAAUGAUCAAAUUGUCUUGUUAUUGUAA